AUGGCAGUAGCUUCGGCGACACCCCAACAACAGAUGGGUGGGGAUAACCACGCUGGAGUGAGUAGUAGAGGUGGUGGUGGAGGCUACAUGAUGGGAGGAGGAGUUCUAGUCACACCAGGGAGUCAAGUGGGGGACAGCAGCAACAACAACAUCACCAACAACAGCAGCAAGGUAGACAAGGACAUCGAGGAGGAUAUCAUGGUGGUAACCAACAACAACAUCAUCAUCAUCAACAAGAAGAAGAAGAACAAGAAGGAACACAACAUUAAGUAG